CUGAUUCUGCUAUUCUUUUAACUCUGGGCUUCUUUCUUUGUUGGCCUAUUUGUUAGAACUUCUUAAGAAGAGAAGGUGAGAUGCAGGGUACUGAGGAUCAAAAGAUCAUUCAGCAGAAUGAACCCGUUGGUUCAAUUACUCCAAGGUAUGAAGCUGAUACAAUUCAACAAAUAGGAAAUCCAUGGAGCACUGGACUAUUUGAUUGCCAUGAGAAUCAGACAAAUGCGGUUAUGACAGCAUUUUUUCCAUGUGUAACAUUUGGGCAGAUAGCAGAAGUAUUGGAUGGUGGAGAACUUAGUUGUCAUUUGGGGAGCUUCAUUUACCUAUUAAUGAUGCCUGCUUUGUGCUCUCAAUGGAUUAUGGGGUCCAAGUACCGAACAAAGUUGAGAAAGAGAUACAAUUUGGUGGAAGCUCCAUACACGGAUAUAGUGUCUCACGUCUUUUGUCCAUGUUGUUCCCUCUGUCAGGAGUUCAGAGAGCUAAAAUUUAGAGGACUUGACCCUGCUCUUGGAUGGAAUGGCAUUCUUGCAAAACAGCAUGCAAAACAGCAAAGUGAUCAAACAUUGAAGAAUCCUCCUUCAAACCAAGUCAUGUCUAAGUGAACACAUUUCUUUCAUCGGGGAGGGGAUCUGUCAAAAUUAAAUUGAAUUGUAUUUCUUUUGAUUUGUUUGGUGUGAUGAGGUUAUUUUUAUUAGAUUAUUAUUGUUUGCUUUGGGUCUAAGUCCUCGCAAUUUUGUUUUUGGUCAUCACUCAAAGGAUUUCUCAAUCAUUGUAUUAUAUAAGUUGUUAUUUCUUGUUUUAUU